CGUGAACGCGUCCAGAGUCAAGAAGAAGCUGAAGACGUUCUGCGUCACCACGAGCUGCUGUCAAAUGCAACUCCACAUCCCACGGGGACUCUUUCUAUGUUAUAUAAUAAAUUCAAAAUUACCUUUUCAUUUUCAAUUCUUCCUUCUGUUGGCGCCACUAUGCAAGCUACGGAAAAGACAAUCGGGAGUCGGUAUUCCAGGUUGUGUCCAGGUGUAAAUAAAGUACAUAAGAAACCGAAUGGGAAAUUCCAAUACGAGUAUUAAAAAGAAACAUUAUUCGAGAGGACAAUAUGCAAGCCAGUUCAGUCUUAAUGAUAUUUUGGGAGGACGAUGUAUUGGAACGCCGGAAUAUGAUUGCGAGCCUUAUCGACCUUGGUCUCGAAUUUCCAGAAGAAGUUGGAGUGUGGGGACGUUAAACGAUCCAUUUAAUGUAUCGAAAACAGCAUGGCCCGUUCCACGAUUUGAGGCAAUUUUUCUACCGGAAUUCACAGUUCGCGAGGAGCCAUUGAAAAACGAAUAUAAAUUUUUAGAUAUAAUUUCGAAUGGAGCCUAUGGACGUGUCUAUAAAGUAUUGAAAAACAAAGUUGACGAAAUUUAUGCAUUGAAGGCAAUAAGUAAGGCGAAAAUUGUCGCUGAAAAUGCUAUUUAUCAAGCUAAACAAGAGGUGUCGAUACAAAGGGCAGUCGGACAUCAUCCUUUUAUCGUGAAGGCCUCUCAUCAUUGGCAGGGACGAAAGACACUGUAUAUUUUGACAGAUUUCGUCGGUGGCGGGGAAUUAUUCUCGCUAGUUGAAGAAUUUGGUUGCCUACCAGAAAAUGUGGUUCGAAUAUACGUCGCUGAAAUCGCUCUCGCAAUUGAUUUCUUGCACAAUGCUGGCAUAAUUCAUAGAGAUAUUAAAGCAACGAAUGUUCUUUUAAAUGAUGAAGGUCACGCGAUUCUAAUUGAUUUUGGUUUGUCUAAAUGGCUGCGUCCUACUCAUCGUACGGGAACAUUUUGUGGGACAUUAGAAUACAUGGCUCCUGAAAUUUUGAAACGGGAAUAUUACGGACACGAAGUUGACUGGUGGUCUCUUGGAGUCUUGACCUGUUUUCUUCUUUUAAAUGAGUAUCCGAUAAUAAGAAUUGUUGACGAUCCAAUUGAGGAGGGAAUGAAAAGUUCGUCUGUUAAUUUACCGUCGAAUGUGGAAAAUAUUUCAGCAGGAUGUAAAGAUCUUUUGAAAAGACUUUUAAAUCCAAAUCCUAGAAUGAGAUUAAAGUCUAUCCGCGGUCUUCAAAGAAUUGCCUUCUUUAUGAGUUGUGACAUUCAAACUUAUACUUUAAAGCAAGUCUCGCCCUUCAGACUGUUAGGAAAAGAAACCGUCCAAUCGUCAGGAAUGCACUUAGAGAAAGAUGAAUUUUACGAUUUCGAUUCCAUUAUUGCUGGAAGCACAAAUCGGACAUGGACCAGUUCCAGUCGGUGAAAAAUAAUUGCAGUACAAAAAAGUUUACUAGGUUUUAUAUUUUAUUCCGUCCAUGAAUUAAUUAAAAAAAGAAAAUAAUCUAUUAGUAGUUAUUUAUUUAUUUAAAUAAAUAUCUAACUCGUCUAAUAGACAAUUGUU